AUGGCUCAAUCUUUCGGUAUCGCCACGUUCCGCUUUUUGUUCUUCCUCAGUAUCCUACUGCUUUUGCUCCAGACUCAAAGUACAGACGCAGCCAACACCGUGAUCUGGAAGAACCACUGCGACUACGACCUUUACUUUUGGGUUGUGCCCCCCGGAGGACCAGAGCGCAACGAUGCCUUCACACGUGUCCCUGCCCGUGGCGAGCAUAUCCACCAGAUGAUUUGGCACAAAGACGGCGGCAUCGUCCUCAAAUAUCGAGAUGUUCCUUACUACACCAGAGCCCCUGCCGGAAUUCUUCAGGCAGAGUAUUACAUGGAUCGGCGCGAGAAUAAGCUCUGGUACGACUCCAGCAUCAUCGACUGCGAUAGGGGUCUGGGUCCCCAGAACCCCUACUAUUGCCCGUUUGCACACGGUGGUGUGAACAUUACCUGCACCAUGGCAACCGCAGCCAGCUCCGGUGCAACCACCUCUGCCUCCACCUGCUCCAUGGAUAUCUCACAGUAUUCCCGGGACUACGGUACUGACUUCGUCUAUCAACAAGGCGACAGCAUCCUUUGUCGUUGUUCCUACACGCCUAACACGACCGCUAAAGCCGCAGACGUUCCCAGUCCCACAAGGAUACCCUGA